AUGGCCGGAACCUCACAGGCUUCUCCCGAUGACGACCCCGGCCCUGAGCUGGACCCCGGCGGCGUCGGUGCAGCUACAGCGGCAGCUGCGCCGGCCGAGGCCGCAUCUGAACCAACAUCUGGCUCCGACACAGCUGGAUCAAGCAUCCCAUCCGAGGCCGCAGCAGCAGCCGCCUUAAAAAAGGAAAAAGGCCGCGUGCGGUUCAACAGCAACGCGGCUGCAGCCAAACCUUCAACAUCACCUCUCCUUGUCCCUACAUCACCCAAGCUUGCACCAGCACAGCCUAUCAGACCGUCUAUCCUGCGCGGUGGCUCAGGUAGCUCUAUCCCAACCAUGGCCACUUUGGCCAAAGACGAGCCUCGUUCAUCAGAGGACAAUGAGCGCCAAGAGGCCAAGUCCGCUGCUGCCGCUGCCCAAGAACGCGCACGCCAGAUGGCUGCCAACGUCCAGCUGGGCUCACCGUCUCGCGGAAACCGAGACUCCUACGAAUCUGCUGCUACAACGACAACCGGCGAGCUCGAUAACGGAGCCAGAGAUGGAACUGGAGGAUAUAUCCCGCUCCAGGAUCUCCAAUCCCGCCAGCCUCUUACCGGAGGUAACUCCACCGAGAGCGACAAGUUGCACGAGCAUCACGCGGCGCUCAACGAUGAAGCGUACAAGAUUGUGAGAGCUCACACUUGGCGUCUUGGUGAUAAGUCUGACGGUGACCCCGGGCCAUCGAACGCUCAGGAUGCUGAGUUGACAAAGGUCACCGACCAGCUCCUUCAAGAGAUCAACGAUGGUCAAUACGACGGUGUUUACUCGGUACCUGCGCCCAAGGAAUAUCGUGGCAGUGUUCUUUCGCAGCUCUUGAAGCUGUACAAGCCUGCGGAAUCGGGCAGUCAGUACGGGCAGAGCAGCGGCCAGAACAGGCGCAACUCAAUUACCUCCUUUUCCUUCGGAGGACCGCCCACAGGCACCAGCACUCCUGGUUCCAACUCAGGUACCGCGACCCCCACGACGCCAAAGAAGAAGUGGUAUGAAGCGAGCCGCUCGCAAGAGACUCUAGUCAACCUUAUCGAAGCCUCCGCCCGUCUUGCGAAUCCCAACAUCCAGAAACCCGGCGAGUCGCCGGACGGGAAGGACGGCAAAGAAGGCAAGGCAGCCGGCAAGAAGACCCGACCCAAGCACAAGCGAACUACGAGCAAUUCGCGACUCAGCGCCUAUUUACAGAGGCAGGAAGAAGAAGCCAAGAUCACCAUCCACAUCGCCGAGACGCUGUCCAGACAGGAGUACAUCAUCACACUCUGCAAGGCACUGAUGCUCUUUGGCGCACCCACGCAUCGUCUUGAGGAGUAUCUCAGCACCACCGCCAAGGUACUCGAGAUCGAUGGACACUUUCUGUACUUGCCCGGAUGCAUGAUCAUUUCUUUCGACGACCGAUCAACCCACACGACCGAAGUGCGCAUCGUCCGCGUCGCCCAAGGCAUCGACCUCGGAAAGCUCAGAGACACACACCACGUUUACAAGGAAGUUAUCCAUGAUGUCGUGUCAGUUGACAAUGGAAUCGAGCGUCUUGACGCCCUCAUCAAGGCCAAGGACAAGUUCCACGCCUGGAUCCGUGUUCUAGUGUUCGGUCUGACCAGCGCUACCGCUGCUCCUUUCUCCUUCGGCGCUCGCCUCAUCGACCUUCCACUUUGUUUCUUUUUCGGCUGCCUAGUCGGUUUCCUCCAGCUCAUCGUGGCCGCCAAUUCCAAACUGUACAGUAACGUGCUUGAGGUGACGGCCACCGUCCUGGUAAGUUUCCUGGCUCGAGCGUUCGGAAGUAUCAGGGGCGGCGACCUUUUCUGCUUCUCGGCCAUGGCCCAGGGGGGCAUCGUAAUGCUUCUGCCUGGAUACCUAGUUUUGUGCUCCGCUCUCGAACUCCAGUCUCGCGCCAUCGUCCCCGGCUCGAUCCGCAUCGUAUAUGCCAUCAUCUACUCCCUGUUCCUUGGCUUCGGCAUCACUAUCGGCGCCGUCCUCUACGGCAUGUUCGACGCGAAUGCCGUUUCGACAACGAGUUGCACGAACUCUAUUCCCGGCUACUAUACCUUCAUAUUCGUUCCUCUUUUUGUCCUAUGCAUCAGCAUUCUAUACCAAGCGAAAUGGCGCCAGAUGCCCGUCAUGCUUGUUGUUGCAUUUGCUGGUUACGUCGUAAACUACUUUAGCAGCCUUCGUUUUAGUGCUGCUCCACAGGUAGCCAACACCCUCGGUGCCCUCACCGUCGGUGUUUUGGCAAACCUUUAUUCUCGUUUGAGGCAUGGCGUUGCUGCCGCCACCCUGAUCCCAGCCAUCUUCACGCAGGUGCCAGGAGGUCUGGCAUCCACUGGAGGACUGUUGAGCGGAUUGAGGACGGCCAACGCGCUCACAAACUCGACGCACGCUGUCAACGGCACGAGUUCUGUUCAGUACUCUGAGGGCGAGUCUCUGAAUACGGUCGUCUUCAACGUCGCCGCCUCCAUGAUCCAGAUCGCCAUCGGCAUUGCUGUUGGUCUCUUCAUCAGUGCGCUGAUCAUCUAUCCGCUCGGCAAGCGCCGCAGCGGCCUGUUCAGCUUUUAA